ACGAAGAGCUGGAUUGAAACCAUGGCCAUUUCUAUUGUUGGAAGUUUCAUUUUGUUAAUUGAGUAAAUAAAAAAAAAGGAAAAUAAUCGUUUGUUAGUUUGUUACAACAAAAUUCAACCCAGUUUACAAUGGGAGAAGAAACAGAGUCCCUUAAACAGUUUAACUGAUUCAAUUCAACGCUCUCUCUCUUUCAAACCCAAAAUAAGAAAGAACAAACUCUUCUCUGUUUCGCUAUGAGCUCUAGCGAUGCGAAUAUACAACGAGGUUCAUCAACAACGACGAAGUGACAAUUACCAUCAGAAACUCACACACAACAAGUCUUGGGUUGGAACCCGGGUGAAACUGUAUGUCCAGCCUAGCAGCAUUUGACGGUCGAGUUAGACCACAAAUAAUUUGUAACGGAAAAAUUCCUCAAAUAAAAAAAUUGUUAUCAGCAUUUUUCAAAGGCCAGUUUGCAAUGGGAGAAGAAAUAUUCCCUUAAACUAAUUCAAUUCAACGCUCUCUCUCAAAACCGAAAAAAAACUCUUCUCUGUUCUGUGUUGGUUUCACAAUGAGCUCAAGCGAUGCGAGUAUACAACGAGGUUCAUCAACGACGGUGGAGUGCAAACCUCAAUAUAAAGCACUUUUAUUUUUGACAUACCAGAGUUUGGGCUAUCUGUUUGGUGACAUAAGCCUCUCCCCACUUUAUGUCUAUCAAAGUAUAUUUUCUGGAAGACUGAAUCAUGUUCAAAAUGAGGAUGCAAUAUUUGGCGCAUUUUCUUUGAUUUUUUGGACUCUCUCUAUUAUUUCUUUGUUGAAGUAUGUUGUUUUCAUGUUGAGUGCAGAUGAUAAUGGCGAAGGGGGGACUGUUGCUUUGUAUUCACACCUUUGCAGAAAUGCAAAAUUUAGUUUGCUACCUAAUCAUCAAGCAUCUGAUGAGGAGCUCUCUACAUAUCGCAAACCUGGUUACUCAAAUAGAAAUAUAUCACCCUCAUCUUUGAAAAGAUUCAUUGAAAAACACAAGAGCACAAAAAUUGUUUUGCUUAGUUUUGUUUUACUUGGUGCUUGCAUGGUAAUUUGUUAUGGUGCACUCAUGCCUGCCAUUUCAGUUCUUUCUUCUGUUGAAGGGUUGAAAAUCGAAGCGAAGAUUAAAAACAAUAGUAUGGUGCCUCUUAUUUCUUGUGUUCUACUGGUUGCAAUAUUUGUUCUGCAACACCGUGGCUCCCACACGGUCGCCUUCAUGUUUCCUCCCAUAAUCAUCCUAUGGUUACUGUCUAUUUUCAUGAUUGGCAUUUACAAUGUCAUCAAGUGGAAUCCAAGAAUAUAUCAGGCUCUUUCUCCAUAUUAUAUAUACAAAUUCUUUUCGGUUACAGGAAAAGAUGGUUGGACUAAUCUUGGAGGCGUAUUUUUGUGUGUUACAGGGACUGAAGCUAUGUUUACAGACCUUGGGUACUACAAACAAACCCCUGUAAGGGUUGCAUUUUCUUGUGUCAUUUACCCAUGUCUAAUUCUUCAAUACAUGGGGCAGGCUGCUUUUCUAUCGAAGAAUUUAUCCGCAGUACCUAUAAGCUUUUAUGCUUCUAUUCCAGAUGUCCUCUUUUGGCCGGUAUUUGUGGUGGCUGCUUUGGCAGCAAUAGUUGCAAGUCAGGCUGUCAUCUCUUCGACAUUCUCAAUUGUCCAACAAUGCCAUGCAUUUGAAUGUUUCCCUCGUAUUAAGGCAAUACAUUCCAGAAGGUGGAUUAAUGGUCAGACAUAUAUACCAGAGAUAAACUGGAUUCUUAUGGUAAUCAGCUUGGUUGUGACAGUUGGGUUUGAAAACACGAUCCAUAUAGGAUAUGCUUAUGGGAUUGCAUGUCUGAUUGUGGGAUUUGUGACUACAUGGUUGACUUCACUUGUCAUCCAUCUUGUAUGGCAUCGAAGUCUUAUAGUUGCUGUGGCAUUUCUCUUAUUCUUUGGUUCGAUAGAGGUCCUCUUUCUUUCAUCUUAUUGCAUGAAAAUCCCAAAUGGUGGCUGGCUUCCAAUUGUGCUCUCUGCAGUCUUCAUGGUUGUUAUGUAUGUGUGGCAUUAUGGUUCUAGAAAAAAGUAUUUCUUUGAUAUGCAUAGCAAAGUUUCAAUGAGGGGGAUCCUUACAUUGGGUCCUAGUCUUGGGAUUGUUAGGGUCCCAGGGAUGGGCCUUAUCUAUACCGAAUUGGCUACUGGAGUCCCUGCCAGUUUCACUCAUUUCUUGACAAAUCUACCAGCUUUCUACCAAGUGGUUGUUUUUGUUUGUAUUAAGACUUUGCCUGUGCCUUCUGUGCCCCAAGCAGAACGUUAUCUCAUUGGCCGAAUUGGUCCGAAAUCCUAUCGGUUGUAUCGGUGCAUUGUUCGACAUGGUUACAAAGAUGUUUAUAGCCAUGAAAUUGAUUUUGAAAAUGAAUUGGUGAUGAGCAUAGCAGAAUUCAUUCAAUUGGAAGCUGAAGGUUGUUCUGGAAACCUAGAUGGUAGUGGAGAUGGCCGUAUGGCGGUCGUUAGGACGUCUGGGAAGUUUGGAACAAGAUUGCGAAUGUCAGAAUCUGCUGGUGUUGAAGAAAGCGACAGUAAUAAUCUUCCCGGAGCUUUGACUGUUAGUAGCAGUAAAUCUCCGACAUUGAAGAAGCUGCAGGCCAUGUAUGAGCAGGAAUCACCGGAACUCAACAACACUAGACGGCGGAUUAAAUUUGAGGUUCUAAAUACAAUAUAUAGAGAUCCACAUGUCAAGGAAGAGCUCAUGGAACUUGUGGAAGCCAAGCGUGCUGGAGUAGCAUAUGUAAUAGGCCAUUCUCAUGUAAAGGCCAAGUGGAACUCUUCCUUUGUUAAGAAGUUUGCUGUAAACCUCUACUCUUUUCUUCGAAAAAAUUGCCGCUCCCCUGCUGUUGGACUAAAUAUUCCCCAGACUUGUCUGAUUAAGGUAGGAAUGAAUUACCAUGUCUAGCAUUAAGAUGCUGAAAAUAUCGUGACUGGGGAUGUGAUUCAUGCAAGCCAGAAAAAUGCCACCUCGGCUUCCUCGACCCACAAGAUUAUGCUAAUUUGGUAUAUUCAACUGAUAUAUAUGUCAUUCAAAAAUCUCCUCUUGGCAUGUUGGAAGAAAGAGCCGCAUAUAAUUGCCAAGACUUUUUUGACUUUAUGAUGGCGCUGACAGUAUGUGAAUUACUAAUUCGAGUCUCGUCUGUCUUGAGUCUAGUAUUGUUAAAAAACUUUUCAUGUAUGCAAUUCUAAUGCUACCUUUGUACUUGUAUGGAAAUUUCUUUGGUCAUUUUUGCAAUCGUCUUCAGCGUCAACGAAACUAGGAAAUGAUUUGUAAUAGAAAGAAUGAAAAGUUAUACAUGAACUAUAUACCUGUCACAUGUCCCAGCAGCAUCCAGAUGGUAUUUGAAUUUUUUAUCUAUUUAUUUUGGCAACUACAAAAUUCAUAUUUCA